ACUCCUGUAUGAACACUCCAUCUUGCCCCUCCCCUCUCUCCCCGUUAGUCACCGUGUGGCACGGAUCACCCCUCAUACCCUCUGGGCAGCGUGGUAAGCACAACAAGCUCAGCGGGGUCCGUUCAGACCUGCUCCUCUCUGCAGACCGGACCAGGGACCACACAGACCCGCCCGGAGACAUGAGCUGGACCUCGGCCGUCCACAGACUACCGUGAUCCUGGUCUCCCUCCACGGACUCUAACACACAGACAGCCGGGACCCGGUCUCCUGCUCUCGGAUCCUCCUCAGCUCGGUCUCGGACAGUCCCCCCCCCACACAGCCCGGGACCAUGGCGGAGAGAAGUGGCCGGCUGAGUUUCCCCGGGGUCGGGUCUCUCAACAGACCGGUCCCCAUGAACCUGUUCGCCACCUGGGAGAUCGACGGAUCCUCCCCGAACUGCAUCCCGAGGCUCUGCAGUCUGACGCUGAAGAAGCUGGUCGUGAUGAGGGAGCUGGAUAAAGAGCUGAUCUCUGUGGUCAUAGCGGUUAAAAUUCAGGGCUCCAAACGGAUCCUGAGGUCCCAUGAGAUCGUGCUGCCACCCAGUGGGUCUGUGGAGACGGAUCUAGCUCUCACCUUUUCACUGCAGUAUCCUCACUUCUUAAAGAGGGAGGGAAACAAGCUGCAGAUCAUGCUGCAGAGGCGGAAGAGAUACAAGAACCGGACCAUCCUGGGCUACAAGACUCUGGCUGUGGGAUCUAUUGACAUGGCUGAGGUGAUGCAGCACCCGACGGAGGGCGGUCAGGUUCUUCCUCUCUGCAGUAACCAGAAGGACAUGCUGGGAAAGGUGGCCGAGAUCUGGAUCUUCUCCUUGUCCAGUCAGCCCAUAGACCACGAGGACGCGGCCCUGCAGGGAGGACAGAAGAUCAAAUGCUCCGAUAACUACUCAGAGGAGGAAUACGAGAGCUUCUCCUCGGAGCAGGAGGCCAGCGACGACGCCGUGCAGGGACAGGAUAUGGAGGAUGACGAGUACGAUGUGAGGAAGCCAAAGAAGCAGAGGAGGUCGAUCGUACGGACCCCCUCCAUCACCAGACAGCAGAACUUUAAGCAGCGCGUGGUGGCUCUUCUGAAGCGCUUCAGAGUUUCGGAUGAGGUGCUGGAUUCAGAGCAGGAUCCUGCAGAACCGCCUCCUGAGGUGGAGGAGGAGGACCUGGACUUGGACAGCGUGGAGUUUGAGAACCCGAGCGACAGCGGCCCGGAGCUCGAUGAUGAUGACAGCGUCCUCAGCACGCCAAAACCCAAACUCAAGCCAUAUUUCGAGGGUCUCUCGCUCUCCAGCUCUCAAACUGAGAUCGGCAGCAUCCACAGCAGUCGGAGCCACAGGGAGCCCCCCAGCCCGAUUGACCCAGAUAAAACCAAGAGUGGUGGAGCCAAAUAUCCAGAUGACAGCGUGUCUGAUAACGUCUCCUACGAGCAGCCGGAGGCGGUGACUCCCACUACAGAGCUGGAGAUGGACAACAUGGACACGUUUUUAGAGAGGCUGCCUCCGAGCGGCAAAAUGACCAAGACCGAGUCCCUCAUCAUUUCAUCCAACAGGCAGGAACCAAAGUUGGCGGGGAGGCGGGGCAGGAGCACGUCGUUGAAAGAGCGCCAGGCCAGCAGGCCGCAGAACGAGAGGGCCAACAGCCUGGACAACGAGAGGUCCAUGGACACACGCUGCCACCUACAGAUCCCUAGAAAGACGGUGUAUGACCAGCUAAACCACAUCCUGGUGUCUGAUAACCACCUCCCCGACAGCAUCAUCCUCAUCAACACGUCAGACUGGCAGGGCCAGUACCUUUCAGAUAUGCUACAAAACCACCACCUACCUGUGGUCUGCACCUGCACCACGGCCGACAUCCAGGCUGCGUUCAACACCAUCGUCUCCCGCAUACAGAGAUUUUGUAACUGUAACUCGCAGACGCCCAUUCCCAUCAAGAUCGCAGUGGCCGGAGCGCAGCACUACCUCAGUGCUGUUCUGAGGCUUUUCGUGGACCACCUCUCCCAUAAGACUCCGGACUGGCUCGGAUACAUGAGGUUCCUCAUCAUCCCUCUGGGUGCACAUCCGGUCUCCAAAUAUCUCGGCACUAUCGACUAUCGGUACAACAGUCUGUUCCAGGACGCUGCUUGGAGGGACCUGUUUCUCAAACCAGAGGCUCCAGUUGUUGCCCAGGAGAGUCCAGACGUGGUGUCGAGGGUAACUCAGUACAUGGUGGGAGCUAACGGCGCUCACCAGCUCCCCAUCGCGGAGGCCAUGCUCACCUACAAACAGAAGAGGAAAAAGAGCUUUCAUUUUGAUUUUGCAGUAAGCCCUGAUGAGGACUCGUGUCAGAAAUUCAUCCCUUUCAUUGGGAUGGUAAAAGUCGGCAUCGUGGAGCAAACAUCUGCAGCAUCAGGAGACUCUGAUGAUGCAGCUCCUCUGGGCUCCUCGCUGCUCUCCUCCACCCCUCCACAAGUCUCACCCGCACUCAAAGAGGCGUCGCCCACCCCUCCCUCCUCCCCCUCCGUCAACACCAGCUUCUGUGCUUACAGCUCUGCAGGUCAGGCGGAGCUGAUGGGGCUGCAGGUGGAUUACUGGGUGGCUCCAUCAGAGAGGAAAAAGGACUUGGAGAAGCGGGACUCCUCCUCCAAAAACACUCUCAAGUGCAAUUUCCGCUCGCUGCAGGUCAGCCGGCUGCCACUGGGGGGCGCAGAGCCGAGCCCCGGGCCCACCAUGUCCAUGACCGUGGUGACCAAGGAGAAGAACAAGAAGGUCAUGUUCCUGCCAAAAAAGAGCAAAGACAAGGAGGUGGAGUCCAAGAGUCAAGUGAUCGAGGGCAUCAGCCGGCUCAUCUGCACUGCCAAACACCAGCAGACCAUGCUGAGAGUUCUGAUUGACGGCGUCGAGUGGAACGACGUGAAGUUUUUCCAGCUGGCGGCUCAGUGGUCCUCACACGUCAAACACUUCCCCAUCGGGAUCUUCGGACACUCGAAAGGCCCGUACUAGCAGCACCUGAGAGACUGAAUCACAGAGGACAGCGCCCCCUUUACCUUCCCCUCGUGCCAACAGCUUUUUAACCCCCUCCUCCUCCUCCUCCACACCUCCCCCGCUGUACGCCUCGUCUUUACUGCCGUCUUAAUUUAAACUCCCGCUUCGUUGCAUUCGUCUGAUUAUUUAAUCUUUUGCGUGUUUUUUUAAUUUUCUAUUUAUGUAAAAAAAACGUCUCGAGGCAAGAAUAUUUCUUUACUCAGCUUUUUAUCCUGCUGAUGUUUUAUAGACUUUGAGAAAAAAAAGAUGAAAUAAUAAUUAGAGAAGACUUCUAACCUUUAACAUGCUCCAUAAAGCUCCUCCCUCUGCCAUCCUGUUCUUUGGUUCGGUGAGGCACAGCACAUUUAAUCAAGAAGAUAUUUAAAGAUACGAGCAGCUGCCUUGAUACGAGGAGAAAGAGUUUCAAACCAUGAAGAAGACAUUUUGGAUUCUCAGCUUCAGACUGUCGUUGAUUCAUUGUUUAAACCCUGAAGAGGAGAAAAAAAAAAGACUGCACUCUUUGAAGAAGUCUCAUGUGCAAUAGACUGAAAACUGUGUGAAUGAUGGUUCUGAAUAUUAACCUGGCACUGAUUUCCCCCGUAAUCCCCCUCUCUUUUUAUUUCUCUCACACCGGUGAAGUGGCUGGAAGGUUGAAGAGUUUUACUCCAACGUGACAUUUCAUCGGAAAAUAGAGUUAAAAAAACACAAACCGCACAAAAUAAUAAAAAAGGUUUUUAUUCAGACUUCAAUCAGUAUUAUGACUUCUGAGGAAAUACAGUUAGAUGAGGAGAUGAAAAUGAGCCUAAAGUACGAACUGUAGCCAGUAGCUUAGCUUAGCUUAGCUUAGCUUAGCAUGAAGACUGGAGACGGAGGGAAAAGAGCUAGCUUAGCUCUGUCUGUCCAAAAGGAACAAAUGCACUUAUUAGCACUUCUUUAUCUUCUAAAUAUUCAAUUUAUUUAAAGAUUUUAAAUCAAAUCUUGUUUUUAUGAAGCUGGUAGCAAUUAAGCUAACAUCAGUUAACACCCUGUUGCUAACGGGUACUUUUACGUUGGCGUGAGAAACACAACACUGGACACGAUUAUGUUGUAACGUUAGCAAUUUGGAAUUUUAAGACUCAAACACUUUUUUUAUGUUUGAAAUAAUUUUAUGGAUCAUGUUAGCAAGUGAAGAAGUUUAGCAAGCUAACGCUAACACUAAUAACAUUUAUAAUUAAUACUUUUUGAAUAAUUGUGUUUAAUUAAUUAUUCUAUGAGUAUUUUCUUCUGUAAGAAUAAAUAAUUAAAUAUUUCCCUGUAGCAUUUUGGGAAAAAUUAGAUGAUAUUACGCUCGUCAUUAGCGAACAAGCAAGCUAAAGGUAGCCAGAUAAGUUUACCUAACUGUCUAACAUUUAUCUGGUAUUUGUCGCCACAUUAGCUACCUCUUAACCACGUUAGCUACAUUAGGGACAUUGGCGGCUGGACAGAGCAAUGCGUCUGUUUGUGUGUCCAGUUCUCUCACUAAGCUAAGCUAGCUGCCAAACAGCUAGCCUGGCUCUGCUCAAAAGUAACAAAAACAACAUACCAGCAACUUUUAGGGUCGUUUAUGAACACAUGAACCCUCACAAAUACGGAGCCAGGCUAACAAUGACAGCUAUUUUAGGUGUGCUAAGCUAAGCUAAGCUAAGCUAAUUGUCUGCUGUCUUUAGUUGAAUCAAAGCUGAAAGGAUUAGUAUCCAUCGCUCUCUAAGGAGGGACAAGACAGCAGAAUGUUUAUUUCAGAGCAUUUUAAACUUUGUUAAAUCAGAAGUGUUGGUUCUUUACGACAGAGUCAGGGUCACUUUAAAGAAUAAGAGUCCAGAGAUCUCAAGAUUAAAGUCAGAAUAUUAUGAGAAGAAAGUCGUAAUAAUUGAAAAAAAAAUGCAGAAUUUUCAACAGAAAAAGUCGUAAUAAUGGUGGAGUGAAGUUUUAAUUUCUUUAGACAAAAAGGUCAGAUGAUAGAAAAAUGAAGUAAACAAUUUUGAGAAAAAGUCGGAAUAAUACGACAUUAAAGUUAUUUUCUGGAAAAAAAAUCGGAAUGUUACGAGAAGAGAAUAUUACGUCAGAAUUCUCAGUGGAAAAAGUCAGGAAAGAAGGAUUAGGUCGGACUUUCUGGUGGAAAAAGUCGGAUUGUUCGUAGAAUGAAUUCGUAACUUUGGAGAAUAAUCGUAAUGGUAUCAGAACAAAGUUAAAAUAAUAAUAUUUUUGUUUGUAUGGAACUUUUCUGUACAGAUAACAAAGUGCUUCACAAAAA